AUGCCGCCCGGAUUGAAAGACGUUGAGAACCGGAUUUCUGCAUUCACCGCGUAUGGUAAACGUGUAUCGACUGUGAAACCAUCUCCUCAGAUUGAAAAGGACUCCUUAACUCUAGCCACAACGUCAAUUACCGGAGUUUCUGUUGGAAGGAUGCGUGAAAUAUGGGAGCAACCUGAUGCGCUUGCCAUGCCGGUUGAACGCAGGAGUCAUAUCGAACAAAAUUCUGCCUCUUCGAAAGUUAUGGCUCAGAAUCAGGAUCUGCACAAGCGUUCUAAGUGUAAGACAUCACAGAGGUGUCAGUUUUGCCGAAAAGAGUUCAAACAAGUUUCUCGCCUCCGCCAGCAUGAACGUGUUCAUACUGGAGAUCGACCAUUCAAGUGUGAUGUAUGCGGGAUGUCGUUCUCUCAGUCAGACACUCUAUGUGCUCAUAAACAUGUAUGCGGCAUGUCUUUCUCUCGGUCAAGCACUCUAUGUGUUCAUAAACGUACUCAUACAGGAGAGAGACCGCACAAGUGUAGGACAUGUGGCACAUCGUUCAUGGAUUCGUCAAAUUUACGCCAACAUGAACGUACCCAUUCUGGAGAAAGACCUUUCAAGUGCAAGGCAUGUGUAAGGUCGUUCACGCGGUCAAGCAAUCUACGUGACCAUGAACGUAUUCAUACAGGAGAACGUCCGUAUAGGUGCGAAGAGUGCGCAACGGUUUUCCAGUGUGCAUCAAGUCUUCGUAGACACGAGCGUACUAUUCAUGACAUAAAAUGAAAAGCCAAAAUGUCGUUUGAAAGUGUUUUACUAUGUGUAACAAUGCAUUUAGCCUUUUCGUGCUUUCAAUUUCUAGGAACAAGAGCGAGAGAGAGAGAGAGAGAGAGAGAGAGAGAGAGAGAGAGAGAGCGAGAGAAAGAGAGAGCGAGAGAGAGAGAGCAAGAGAGAGAGAGCGAGAGAGCGAGAGCGAGAGAGCGAGAGCGAGAGAGAGAGCGAGAGAGAGAGAGAGAGAGCGAGAGAGAGAGAGUGCAUAAAAGUGAGGGAGUGAGUGUGUGUGUGUGUGUUUGAGAGUGUUUGUGUGUGUUUGAGAGUGUUUGUGUGUGUUUGAAAGUGUUUGCGUGCGUGCGUGUGUGUGUGUGUGAGAGAGAGAGAGACAGAGACUGUCUGUGUGUGUCUGUCAGAAAGUUAGAAUGCAUUCCCACCAGUUUGAAAAAGUCCAAAAAAAGCCUACGAUGCUAUUCACACAAGUCUGAUCGUAGCCACACAUGUGAUAGACUUUGGUAGUCCAAAAUCGUAUUCUGAGGUGGAUUAUUUUGUUUUGUAUUUGUGUUGUAAUUAAGGAUCUCG